CACAGUGGACCAAGAUCCGGUCGGUCAACAAGCACAUCGGCUGUUGAAGCCAGCGUCAUUCUCGCUAUAUCAGAAGGCAGAGGGAUGGCAAGAGGUGAAAUAGGCAUAGCUGCGGUGGAUCUAAGGCACCCAAAUCUAGUCCUAUGCCAAUUCAGUGACACGCUUUUGUACACCCAUACGCUGACGAAAAUAAAUUUCUUCAAUCCUAUUGAGAUAAUAGUGCCUCAUACGUUCUGCGAAGGCGUGCAACCAAGUCAACUAUACAAACUGAUAAGAGACCAAUACCCACUGAUAAACCUAACCACCGUGCAAAGACGGCAUUUCAAUGACGCAGCCGGUCGGCAACAAAUACAAACACUAUGCGCACCAGAAUAUAGUGCGGUAUAUUUGCAAGUCUUACCAAAGUUUUACGCUCUCACGGCUGCUGCAGCAGUAUUAAAAUACGUUGAAUACAUACAAUGUGUUGUUUUUGCAAGGGAAUCUCUAAAGAUUCAAUACCAUUCUUCUGAGAAUACGAUGAUCAUUGAUGUUGGGACAGCGACUCAACUUGAAUUGGUACAGCCUCUAAUACCAUCAGCCGGGCCAACUUGUUGCCUUUUAGGAGUGCUAGGUCCAACAUACACUGUUGGUGGAAUACGAGCAUUGAGGGCUGCUAUUUUACAACCUUCUUGCAAUAAAGAUUUCAUUGAAAACAGAUUGGACGCAUUACAAGAUCUCAUCGAAAAUGAGUCGGGUUUGAUAACUAGUUUGCAGGAUGUUAUCAAGAAACUGUCCGAUAUCGACAAGAUACUCCUCUUAUGUAUGGAAAAUCCGAAUCAGAACAUGGACAAAUUGGGUGAAGCUCAACUAAAUCAAACAUUGUUAUUGAAAACAACCAUGGACAUGGUUCCGAAGUUGGUUGAGGCUUUAGAGUCUGCAGAUAGUGGACGGCUGAAAAAGAUUAAAAUGGACUUUGAAAAUCAAAAUUACAAGGAAAUAGCUGAACGGAUACAUAGUGUUAUCCAAGAAGAUGCUCAUUUAGAAAAAGGUGCCAUGGGUAGCUUACAGAGGUGCUUUGCUGUGAAACCUGAAAUAAAUGGUUUGCUUGACGUAGCAAGAAGGACUUACUCCGAACUGAUAGAAGAUAUUCAAAAGAUCGUAGAGAAUUUGAGUGAGAGUUACGAUCUACCACUAAGACUAAAUCAAAACAUGCUAAAGGGAUUCCACAUAGUACAUCCGAUUGCACCAAAAAAUAGACGCAACUUUUGCAUUGAAGAAUUACCCCCAAUUUUUAUUCAGGUCCAUCAUAGUGGAGCCAGUGUAUCCAUGACAACAGAAGAAUUAGUUGUUUUAGAUCAGCAAGCAAAAGAAGCUCUGAACGAAAUACAAAGAAUGAGUAACAUUGUUAUCUCUAGUUUGCUGAAAGAUUUGCGACCCUUUAUGUCGAGUCUCUACAAAUUAUGCGAAAAUGUAGCGGAGCUGGACAUUUUGUUGGCAUUAGCUAACGCAAGUAUGGCGGGAUCUUACAUCAGACCUCAGUUUGAUAAUUAUCUUGAUGUAAGGAAUAGUGUGCAUCCUCUUCUAGAUUAUAACAGUCAAGUUUUACCGGUGCCAAAUGACGUUAACGCAAGCCCUGAAUACAAUUUUACUAUAAUCACCGGACCGAAUAUGGGAGGCAAAAGCAUUUACAUUAAACAAAUUGCUAUCAUGCACGUCAUGGCGCAAUUGGGCUGUUUUUUGCCAGCAACUAAUGCAAUACUAAGAAUUUGUGACAGAAUAUUCUCGAGAAUCGGUUUUAACGACAGUGUUGAGUUGAAUGCUUCAACGUAUGUUUUGGAAAUGAAAGAAAUGCAGCACAUAUUAAAAAGUUUAACGCCGUCCAGUCUAGUGAUAAUAGACGAACUAUGCAGAGGUACGUCAACUGAAGAAGGAACCAGUAUUGCAUGGGCCAUUUGUGAAGAACUGUUGAUAAGUGAUGCAUUUACUUUCUUCACCACCCAUUUCAUGUAUUUGACGCGACUACAGGAUUUGUACUUCAAUGUUCAGAAUCGUCAUACAGCAGUGACUGAGGAAGACGUUACGAAUGGUGAAAAUUCUCAAAAACGGAUCAUUUAUCAACAUAAAAUAGUUCCUGGAAUCUCGAAAAUUGAGCACUAUGGACUCUCACUAGCUGCAAAAACUAAUUUGCCUGACGAAACAGUAAAAUUAGCAGAAGAAUUAGCUGAACUUAUAGUCAGCAAUAAACACCCAAAACGAUUAUCCACCCCUGAAAUGAGCGAUGAUGGAAAAUUGUACGAAUUAAAUGCAAAACUGCGCAUUGAAUCUAGAAACCAUGAAGAUAUUGAAGCUAACACAAAACGGAUACUUCAAAAAUUUAAAUACGACAAUCCUGAUUUAAUUGAACGGCUAAGAUUACAGAAAAAUAACACGAGUAAAACUGAUGUUUCUGCAAAUUAUUCUUCUGUGUCUAAUUCCAAAGAAGAAGCGACCAAUUUCCAACCAAAUGUAAUAGUAAAUAGAGAUAAAAAUAUUGCAGAUAUUGGAAACAAAUCCAAUUCUUCAGCUAUAAAUACAUCAAUAGAAAAUAGUAAUCCAAUUGAACCUUCUAACGCAAACGGAAAUAAUUUUACUCUAGUGAAAUCAUCUAAUGAGUUACUUAAUACUAUGAUGCACAACAAUGAAGAAAGUAAUUCAAAAGUAUGUAAUAGUGAUAAUUCAGAUCAUGAAGUAACAAACCAAGUUUCAGAAGAAAUCCCUGACAUUGAAGAUAACAACAUAAACAAUACCAAAAGUAGUUUUAGUAGUGGAAAUCGUGGAAAUAAUAACGAUGGAGAAGAAACGAAGACAAAUAAUGAUAGUGAUAGUAUUGAAACUGUUAGCAGUACUGAAAGUGAAGAUAUUGCAGAAGCUCUUACUCAAAUUCUCGAUGAUCUUUCUAACGAAACCGAUCAAUGCAAAGGUAGUGAUAUGUCUGUAGACGAGGAAUUGAUGAGAGAAACAAUAGAAGAGAUAAACGUAGAGCUUGAGAGUGGUGUAGCUAGCAUUGAUAGUAUUGUACUUACACCACCUUUUGCAUUUAGGGAUUAAAUGAAAUAGUAAAAAGUAUUUUUAUCUUAAUAAUGUAUAUGCAUGAUGACUUCGUCAAAUAAAUUAAAAUAAUAAAUAAUGUACUAGCUACAA